AUGGCGUCCGAACUGACUCAGAGAAACCACACAGCACCACCCACGGACCAACUCUCGCCAACUCUCACUUCUUCGAUCCCUGCCGGAAACUGGAAGACCCCAUUCCGUUACAUGGCUCAGAAACAGCGUUUUGUCUACGUUCUCGUCGGGAUCGCCAUUUCCGCCCUGUUUUUCAACUCGCUCCCUGUUUCCACGUUGCAGCAACCGAGCCACGGUUCAAACUCGGUGUCCGAGUCGAGUUCCAUGACUCGGAGAGUUCUCUACGAAGCUUACCCCGAAGUCAUUCGAGGGAGGAACGCUGGCGGCAAGGUGCCGUUGGGGUUGAAAAAGAAGAGCUUGAGGAUUGUCGUGACCGGUGGAGCCGGGUUCGUGGGGAGCCACCUGGUGGACCGUCUGAUCGCUAGGGGUGACAGUGUGAUCGUGGUUGAUAAUUUCUUCACGGGUCGGAAAGAGAAUCUGAUGCAGCAUUUUGGGAACCCGAGGUUUGAGCUGAUCAGACAUGAUGUUGUUGAACCGAUUCUGUUGGAAGUUGACCAAAUCUAUCACUUGGCUUGCCCUGCUUCCCCUGUUCAUUACAAGUUCAAUCCUGUCAAGACCAUUAAGACCAAUGUGGUGGGAACAUUGAACAUGCUAGGACUUGCAAAAAGAGUUGGGGCCCGUUUCUUGCUAACCAGCACCAGUGAGGUCUAUGGUGAUCCUUUGCAGCAUCCCCAGGUUGAGACCUAUUGGGGCAAUGUCAAUCCCAUUGGUGUACGGAGUUGCUACGAUGAGGGCAAACGGACUGCAGAGACCUUGACCAUGGACUACCAUAGAAGCCUUGGCAUUGAGGUGAGGAUUGCUCGGAUUUUUAACACGUACGGACCACGAAUGUGCAUCGACGACGGUCGUGUCGUCAGCAACUUUGUAGCCCAAGCAUUGAGGAAAGAGCCGAUGACGGUCUAUGGUGAUGGAAAACAAACCAGGAGUUUCCAAUAUGUUUCAGACCUGGUGGAGGGUCUAAUACGGUUGAUGGAAGGCGAUCACGUCGGUCCUUUCAAUCUCGGAAAUCCCGGAGAAUUCACCAUGCUCGAACUCGCCGAGGUGGUACAAGAAGCAAUAGAUCCGAAUGCAAAGAUAGAAUUCAGACCAAACACAGAAGAUGAUCCACACAAGAGGAAACCAGACAUUUCCAAGGCCAAACAGCUUCUUGGUUGGGAACCCACCAUUUCCCUACGCAAAGGCCUUCCAUUAAUGGUGAAUGAUUUCAGGCAAAGAAUCUUUGGUAACCCUAAAACACUUGUUGUCGGAGGUGCUGCAAUGGCUUAAUAAUCAUAAUUAUUAGUUUAUUACUCUUUAUUAGAAAAA